GCACCUCCCAGACGACGUCUCCGAAUGCCCGAGCCACGCCAACACAACUAUUAGAUAAUGCCAUGGUAGCCCCCAGAUGUGACAGGAUGGUCUUACUCGUGUUCUCGUCUGCUCUUGCCUUCAGGGACGACAGCAUCUGAUCAUAAAACAUCUUGUGCUAUCGACCUGACUUGACAAGACAAAGAUGGAGAAGUUGAAGACCCUUCUUGUCGCCAACCGCGGGGAGAUCGCAGUGCGGAUAUGCAAAACUGCCCGCAAGCUGGGCAUUCGGACGAUAUCGAUAUACACCAGCGCAGACGCCGCGUCUUCGCACGUCGGCGCGGCGGAUGAGGCCGUCCUGCUCUCUGGGCCCGAUUCCAAAGGAUACAUCGACGCAGAGCAGAUUGUCGAAAUCGCAAAGUCAAAGGGCGCCAAUGGCGUAAUCCCCGGGUAUGGCUUCUUGUCCGAGAACACGGACUUUGCGCACCAGGUCACACAGGCUGGUAUGGUGUUCGUGGGGCCGAGCUCGAAAUGCAUCGAGGACUUUGGGAUCAAGCAUACCGCACGAGAGUUGGCCGCAAAGGCAAAUGUCCCCAUCGUGCCAGGUACCAAGGGUCUUGUCAAUUCCGAAGACGAAGCUGUGGAGGAGGCGAAGAAACUGGGUUUCCCGGUCAUGCUUAAAGCCACUGCAGGCGGAGGAGGAAUGGGCUUACUGACAUGUGCGAAUGAAGACGACGUACGAAAAUCGUUCAAGACGGUACAGUCUCGUGGUGAGACACUGUUUAAGAACGCCGGACUGUUCAUUGAACGGUACUACGCAUCGUCCCAUCAUAUCGAAGUGCAAGUUUUCGGCAACGGUCAGGGGCAGGCUGUGCAUUUCGGCGAGCGUGAAUGCUCGAUCCAACGCCGACAUCAGAAGGUCGUUGAAGAGUGUCCGAGUCCGUUCGUCGUGAAACAUCCUGAACUGCGUGAGAAGUUGGGCUCUGCUGCCGUCCGAUUAGCCGAGUCGAUUAAUUAUGGCUCGGCCGGCACGAUUGAGUACCUCGUGGAUGACGAGUCAGGGGACUUCUUCUUCCUCGAGAUGAACACCCGCCUACAGGUGGAGCACGGUAUCACCGAGCUGUGCUACGGCGUCGAUCUCGUCGAAUUGAUGCUCAAGCAAGCAGACGCGGAGUUAUGUGGCAAAGGAGGUCUUCCGGGAGGCUAUCUCAAGGGCCUCCAACCAAAAGAACCCAAUGGUGCGGCGAUUGAGGUUCGCCUGUACGCUGAGAAUCCUGCGAAAAAUUACGCUCCAUCACCGGGAACCCUGCAACAUGUGUCCUGGAUGGACGUGCCUGGCUCUAGAAUUGACGGCUGGGUACACACAGGGACCAAAGUCACAUCCUUUUACGACCCACUGCUGGCCAAAGUCAUGAUGCACGCUCCCAAGCGGGACGAAGCGAUCAACAAGCUCAUCGAAAUGCUCCAGGGGUCGAAGAUCCUCGGACCGCCGACGAAUAUCGAAUUCUUAACUGAAAUCCUCCAAGACGACACUUUCAGGUCCGGCCGCACCAUGACCAAGUUCCUCGAAUCGUUCGAUUACAAGCCUCACGCCAUCGACGUCCUGCAAGGCGGAGCGUACACCCUUGUGGAGGACUGGCCAGGACGACCAACGAUUGGAAAGGGCUUCUCGCAUUCUGGACCCAUGGACCCUGUCGCAUUCCGGAUCGCAAAUGCCCUCGUCGGGAAUCCGACAGGCAAGGAAGGUAUCGAGAUUACCCUGAGUGGUCCUGAUCUCAGAUUCCUCGGUCCAGCUAUUAUCGCCGUUUGCGGCGCGCCCAUGGAAGUCAAACUCGACGGGCAAUCUGUGCCGAUGUGGACUCGUCUGAAAAUCGAAGCUGGUCAACGCUUGACAGUGGGGAAAACGACUGGAGGAGGUUGCCGAUCCUAUCUGGCCAUCUAUGGCGGCCUGCCCAGUAUCGCGACAUGGUUCGGAUCGAAAUCCACAGCACCCAUGACAGCCGUUGGAGGGUAUCAAGGCCGAGCUCUCGCGGCUGGCGAUCUGCUUACUAUAACGAGUGAAUUGCCCGAAAUAAAAGGCGAACUGAAACUUCCAGAACACUUGAUCCCGACAUAUCCGGAGGAAUGGGAUCUUUUCUCCAUGCCCGGGCCGUAUGAUGAGGGGUUCAUCACGGAGGACUCGAUCGAGGAGUUUUAUGGCAGCACAUAUACCGUCUCGCACAAUGCCUCGCGUGGAGGGAUUCGCCUUCUGGGGACGAAACCGAAAUGGGCGCGGUCGGAUGGUGGAGAAGGCGGUGCUCAUCCAUCAAACGUCAUCGAGUACGGAUAUCCUGUCGGCACGCUGAAUUGGACGGGCGAUGAUCCGUGCUUGUUCCCGGUCGAUGCGCCUGACUAUGGUGGCUUCGUGUCUGCCACUACUAUUGUGAAGGCGGAUUACUGGCGGAUGGGCCAGAUGAAAGCCGGCAACAAGCUGCGGUUCAAGCGAGUUUCGUACGCGGACGCCAUCGCCAAGAGGAACGAGGUCGAGACGUUCCUUGCGAAGAUCCACGACGUGUGCAAUGGGAAGGGUAGCUUCGGGGACGUUUCGCCGUUGAAAUAUGAAGGCUUCCCGCCAUCCACGGAGAACAAAGGUUGGGAGAAAGCACUGAUUCACCAGAUCAAAGAGGAACCGAGCAAGCAUCAGCCGCUGGUCUCGUAUCGCCAGGGCGGCGAUGAUUUCAUCCUGAUUGACUACGGUCAUGGGUCAUUCGAUCUGAAUUACCGAUGCCGCGCGGUCGCUUUGUACCAGAAGCUGCGCGAGUCGAAGGGUGACAUAUCUUUUGCGAACGGCGCUAUGCUGACAGGCAUGGCCUGCGGGAACUCACUGAUGCUGUACUACGACUCACUGAAGGUCAGUCGGCCGAAGAUGUUGGAUUACUUGCUCAAGCUCGAGAAUGAGCUGGGCGACUUGAGUGAGGCGAAGUAUCCGAGUAGGAAGUACAAAAUGCCCAUCACGUUUGAGAGUAAGAGACAAAAGGAGAGUCUGCAGAGGUACAUGGAGACGCAGAGACCUUACGCGGUAUAUUUGCCGGAUCCGGCAGAUUUCGUGGCCAAGAACAACGGCUUCACUGAGCAACAGCUGCGUGAUAUCCUGACAAAAUCGUCGCUAAUGGUUGUUGCUGUGGGUUUCUUCGUCGCCUUGCCAAUCUGCUUGCCAAUCGACCCACGUCAGCGGAUGCAGUGCCCGAAGAUGAACCCGUCAAGGGUGCAUACUCCAGAAGGUCAAGUCGGUUGGGGAGGGUCAUGCAUGGCGAUUUAUAAUGUCGAGUCUCCAGGCGGGUAUAUGAACCUCGGGCUCUCGAUUCCAGGUGCCGAUAUUCUCGGGUACAAGAAGGGGUAUACCUCCGACAGGCCGUGGCUGUUUGAGGACUUUGAUCAGAUCACCUUCUAUGAAGUGUCUGAGGAGAAAUAUGAAAGUAUGAUGGCGACUUUCCGAAGUGGACGGUAUGAGUACGAGUAUGAGGAUACUGUCUUCGACAUGAAGGAGCACAACAAGCUGCUAAAAGAUACCAAAGAGGAAGUUGAGCAGAUCCGGGCCAAGCAGCGUAAGGCCCAGGCAGAGAUGGACAAGAUCGAAAAGGAACUUCUGCAGAAGUGGAACAAAGAGAAGGAGGCUGGGAAGAUCAGCAUAGAUACAGUGCAUGACUUGAUGCAUGAUCCGGAUAUCAUCGCGAUCGAGGCGCCUCUGAAUGCUAAUGUUUGGAAAAUCGAGGUUAAGGAAGGCGAUACUGUCAAGGACGAGCAGAUUGUGUCCAUACUGGAAGCUAUGAAGCUCGAGAUCCCGGUCAAGACUGAGGAGAGUAUGGCAGGGGCCAAGGUCGAGAAGAUGCUCGUCAAGCCGAAUGAUGUGGUUCAGGCUGGAGAUCCGCUGAUGCUGCUGCGCAAGGCCAAAUAGGUGGCUUGUGCAGCGAUAUUGUGAUCGUGGGACGAAGUUAUUAUCCAAAGUAGCCUGAUAUAUUUGGCACCGUACAAUUGUAACAUGAGAAUUGCUUGC